UCAGUGACAUGGCUGCCGCUGCAGAUAAAAAGGGGGAAUUACAAAAAGAAUUGGUUUGUGCUAUUUGCCUGGAUUAUUUUGAUGAUCCAGUCAUUUUAAAAUGCGGUCACAACUUCUGCCGCAUGUGCAUUUUAAUGCACUGGGAGGAAAACGGAGGAGACGACAUCGGCUACCAGUGUCCCGAGUGCCGGAUGGUGUUUGGAAAAAUGAGCUUCACGAAGAACUAUCUGGUGAAGAACCUGGUGGAUAAACUGAGUGAGUUUGAUUGUCUAAAGACGUGCAAACCUCCAGCACCAGCCAAACCGGCUAAAACAGAUGGGAAAUGUGAGAGGCACCAUGAGGAGCUAAAACUCUACUGCCACACAGACAGGAAGCCCAUCUGCGUGGUGUGCAGAGAGUCGAGAGAUCACAGACUCCAUGAUGUUGCUCCUGUACCUGAGGUUGUUGAGGACAUGAAGGGAGGCCUAAAGCUGAGGCUCAUCAAACUGAACUGGCAAAAGUCCAUGUGUGGCCGAGUUAAAGCCACGGAUGAGCAAGCCAGAGCAGAUGUAAAACUAAAGAAGCAGGCUCUGAAGGAGAAGAUCGAGGAUGAUGUGGGAGCACUGGUGCAGUUCCUGCUGGAUGAGAAGGACAGAUUGUUGGAGAGGUUGGAGUCUGAGGAAGCAGCUACUAUAGCACUGAUAGAUGAGAAUCUUAAAAUGGUGGAAAUUGAAGCAGCUAAAGUGGACAAGUCCAUUGCUGAAAUUCAGAACCAGCUCAGUGAGGUAGCAAACUUUGAGAGCAUCAGCAAAGCAUAUUUAAGCCCAAGUCACGUUAACCUCACAGUACAGGCAGUGAACUGUCCGCCUGAUUUCACCGAGUUCACGGGACCAUUUCAGCUCAUCUUGUGGAAGAAGAUGAUGCAUGUGUUACACACAAUGCCACAGAACCUGACAUUGGAUCUGGACACAGCACACCCGUCUUUGGCCAUUAGUGACUUCGACACAAAGGUGGAGGAAGGCCGAGCGCGUUCGCAUGAACCCGACUUGCCUCGUCGCUUCACACGCUUCUUUGGUGUGCUGGCUACCGCGCAGUACUCCAGUGGCCAACACUACUGGGAGGUAGACGUGAGGGACAAGGGAGUCUGGUACCUGGGUGUGACAACAGCACGCAGCAACCGAAAGGGCUUCGUUAGUCUGUCUCCAUCUGCUGGUUACUGGAGCCUGAGCCUACACGAUCGCCUUUACGCUAACGAAGAGGACGCACGCGUGCCUGUGGCUGAUUACUGGAGCUCUCCACGUGUCGGUGUCUUCCUUGACUAUGAGCGUGGCCACGUGGCUUUCUAUGAUGCCGUGACCAUGAAGCGUGUCUACAGCUUUGCGGCGUACUUUGACGAGCCUGUUUCUCCCUUCUUCAGUCCUGGCAAGAACGACCCAGGCAGCCGCUUGCAGAUCUGCCACUAUUACUAAGAAGAGACUCCCCGUGUAUUUUACUUUUUGGAUUGGGAAGUGCAUUGCAGGUAAAUCUUCCUGCAGAUUUUCCCUCUACUACCAAUAAGGGCGUGGGGGAAAAAAUGUGAUUGGAGAGAAACUGGUACUUUGUAUUGUAAGAACGAAGCUCGUGCCACUGAGAGGAAGGCAGAAAGAAAACAGCAUUCAUUGUAUUUGCGAUCAUUCCUAGGCAAUCUUCUCUCAGGAGGUAAGCUGCCAUAGUGCGGCUCAGACUUAGAGCUUCUUCAUGAUCUGUUCUUGCAAAUUCGGGAGAGUAAUUGUACUCGGUCCAAUCUGAACAAGUCUGUUUUUAUUACUCUUGGAUUAUGAUGUAGCCCUGUUGACAUUCAGGUCGAGAUGCGCUGCAGGUUUUAAAGCAAAUAUCAAUAUGAGCUGCUUUUAAAUAUCUCAUUUCAUCUGUGUUUUGUGUCCCCUUUGAAUGUGAGCUUUUAAGCAAAGGAAUUUAGAUCAGUAGGUUUUAAAAGUAGUUCACUGUGAGCAUACAAAGGAGCUCUAGAUGUUUUUUUUAUUAUUAUUUAUAUAUAUAAUUUGUAUUAAUUUCACAUUUCUAUUGAAAUGAGCCAUUAUACUUAAAUCCCCAUCCAAGGUUAUAAGUUUGCACAGGCUGCUAUGCAAGUUUAAGACUUUCCAUGAUAACCAAUAAUAGCAGUGUGUUGAAAAAAGUGAGUAAAGCUUCAUAUCCAUAUAAUAACU